AUGUCCUCCCUAAAGCAUCUACUGUCGUCCAAGGUGCGGUCGCAGUCUGGUUGCUACACCUGCCGGCUGCGCCGCAAGAAGUGCGAUGAGCGCAAGCCGAUUUGCUCUGGCUGCGAUGCCCUGGAGAUCACCUGUCAUUUCGGAGAGAAGCCCGACUGGAUGGACGGCGGCGUCAAGCAGAAGGAGAUGACCGAGUUCGUCAAGUCGCAGGUCAAGAAGCAGGCCAGUCAGCGGCGCGAUCGCAAGUAUCUGGAGAUGCUGGAGACGGGCACUCGGCAGGUCAGCAUCACCGACGGUGCGGAUGAUGGAGCAGCAGCAGCAGCAGGGAAAACCGGCGGCGACUCAGAGCGCGGCUAUACAAGCACGUCGGCGCCGUCGUCCAAGGAGUCGCCCAACAGCCAUGGAUCCGGCAGCACGGCCGCUACUUCUCCGCCAGAAGUCCCCUGGCACUCGCAGUCCUUCUUCGUGGGGUCGGAUGAGAAUAGCCUUAGCCGGUUUGACCGGUCAGCAGACAUUCACUUCGCCUGCAUGUAUCUGGAUUACGUUUUCCCGCAUCUAUUCCCCCAUUACCGGCCUCACAUCCUCGUGGGCGGCCGCGGGUGGAUUUUGGACGUGCUGCAGUCGACCAACAAAUCGCUAUACCAUAUCACCGUGUCAAUCGCAUCAUACUACUUCGCACUGAUCUUGAAUAACGGCGAACCGGAGCACGGGGAAUGCUUGAGACAGAUGAAUUCAAACCUGCAGAACCAGAUGGAGCUGGGCCUGCGAGAGCUGCAAAAGGAGGUCAGCUCGCUCCACAGCCGCAAGCUGGACGCGAAAGAGGGCCUGGUCGUCAUGGAGAGCAUCAUCCAGCUGCUCAUCUUCGAGGUCGCCACGGGCAAUCGCGAAAACUGGAAGCUGCAUCUCGAUGCCGCCAUUGCGCUGUUCCGGCAGGUCCUCCCAAGCCCAGAUGGCUGGGAAGCAUUGCUAAACGGCCUCAUAAAUGUGCACUGGCCACCGGCAGAAAUGUGCAUGAAGCGGCCAUGGAGCACCAGCCAGGCCGCCUGUAGAUUCUUCACGGCCAAUCUGCUCUACAUUGAUGUGCUGUCGAGCGUGUCGCUUGGAUGCCCGCCUCGGCUAUACAACUAUCAGAACUUCAUUAUACCCUCAUGUGCCACCACAGAAUGGAGCCCUUGCACCCUGGGAGAAGGUACUCUUCGCAUGGAAGAGUUUCGUGGACUGCACAACUGGGUCAUCCAGGUCAUUGGCGACAUCGCGUCACUGCACUCGUGGAAAAAGGCACAAAGCCAGGCUGGCUCGUUGUCCGUCAAUGAGCUCUUGUCACGAGGCCAGAUCCUGGGCGAAGCAAUCAAGGGGGGCAUCUUGGCCAUUCAAACAACAUGCCCAACGGCCGAUUCGCAAGUCACCGUCAUCUCGGUACCGGUCCUAGGUGAGCAGCCUUCGUACGCUAUACACAACAUCAUCUGGCUGCACGCGGCCUUGAUUUAUUUGAACACGGUGACCUCGGGCUGGCAGCCCGCGUGCCCAGAAAUCAGCACGGUCGUGUCUACUACAACAGAACUGUUGUACAAUCUCCCAAGGGGAACCUGCUUGGGGGCUGUGGCCUGGCCUCUGUGUGUUGCCGGCUGCUUAGCACCUCCGGAAGAUGAAUUCAAAUACAAGAGUCUGGUGGCUCGACUCGGCGGGCUGCAGUUGUUUGGAACGCUUAGGGAAGCCAUGAACAUCAUGGAGCAAGUUUGGGCAAUGCGACCUCUGGACGAGAGCUGGGAUGUUGCCCAGUGCAUGAACAUUCUGGGCCACGGAGUUGUGUUGCUAUGA